GCGUUUGUAAACGCGUUUAUUUCUUUGUUAUUUCAUUUUACAAGUUUGUUAUUGUUUUAUAAUCCAUAAAAAUGGAAGAUGGCGAAUUUGAUCAAAGGUUGCGUGACUUACAAAGAGAGUACCUCGAGUUUUUGGACGAUGAAGAAGAUCAGGGUAUUUACAUGGAAAAGGUGAAGCAGAUGAUAGCGGACAAGUCGAAACGGCUGGUCGUAAACAUAAAUGACUUGCGGCGCAAGAGCCCGGAGCGCGCGAAGAACUUGUUAGAAAACGCGUUCGAGGAGCAGAUCGCGUUCCAGAAGGCGCUGAAGGAGUACGUGUCGUCAAUGGACCCCACCUACGCGAAGGUGCAGGAGGAGUUCUUUGUGGCCUUCUCGGGCAGCUUCGGCACCAAACAUGUCACACCCAGGAGCUUAACUUCCAGGUACUUGGGCAACCUGAUCUGCGUGGAGGGCAUCGUGACACGCGUGUCGCUUGUGCACCCCAAGGUGGUGCGCAGCGUGCACUACUGCCCCACCACCAAGAAAGUCAUGGAGCGCAAGUACACCGACCUCACGUCCUUCGAGGCCUUCCCCACCACCGCCAUAUACCCCACCAAGGAUGACGAAGGCAACCCUCUAGAGACAGAGUAUGGGCUGUCCCGCUACAAGGACCACCAGACGCUGACGGUGCAGGAGAUGCCGGAGCGCGCGCCGGCCGGCCAGCUGCCGCGCUCCGUGGACGUGGUGUGCGACGACGACCUGGUGGACCGCUGCAAGCCCGGCGACAGGGUGCAGGUGGUGGGGAACUACCGGUGCCUGCCCAGCAAGCAGGGCAGCUUCACAGCUGGAACCUUCAGAACCAUCCUAAUAGCAAACAAUGUGACCCAGAUCAACAAGGGCAUGGACCUGGCCAUCACGCUCGACGACAUCAAACUCUGCAAGCGCAUGGCCAAGAGGAAGACAGAAGACAUGUUCGAACUGCUAGCCAAGUCACUGGCGCCUUCCAUCCAUGGCCAUGAGUACAUCAAGAAGGCUAUCCUGUGCUUACUGCUUGGUGGCAUGGAGAAAGUGCUGGCAAAUGGCACCAGGCUCCGAGGAGACAUCAACAUCCUGCUGAUCGGCGACCCGUCCGUGGCCAAGUCGCAGCUGCUCCGCUACGUGCUGCUCACGGCGCCGCGCGCCGUCACCACCACCGGCCGCGGCUCCUCCGGCGUGGGGCUCACGGCGGCCGUCACCACCGACCCGGACACGGGGGACCGCAGGUUGGAGGCGGGCGCCAUGGUGCUGGCCGACCGCGGCGUGGUGUGCAUCGACGAGUUCGACAAGAUGUCGGACAUCGACCGCACCGCCAUCCACGAGGUCAUGGAGCAGGGCCGGGUGACCAUAGCCAAGGCGGGGGUUCAUGCAGCUCUCAACGCGCGCUGCUCCGUGCUGGCCGCCGCCAACCCUGUGUACGGCCGGUAUGACCAGUACAAGACACCCAUGGAGAACAUCGGCCUGCAGGACUCGCUGCUGUCCCGCUUCGACCUGCUGUUCGUGAUGCUGGACCUGGCCGACGCCGACCACGACAGCCGCAUCUCCGAGCACGUGCUCCGGAUGCACCGCUAUAGAAAUCCGAAAGAGCAAGACGGAGAGGUGCUGCCGAUGGGCUCGUCCGUGGAGAUGCUGUCCACUGACAACCCCGACAACGACGAGGUCGAGGACGCAGAGGAUUCCAUCUACGAGAAAUACGACCCGCUGCUGCACGGCAACAUGCGCAGCAAGAAGGAGCGCAUCCUCUCCACCAAGUUCAUGCGCAAGUUCCUGCACAUAGCCCGCCUCAUGAAGCCCAAGCUCACGCAGGAGGCCUCCGACGCCAUCGCCGACGAGUACGCCAGGCUGCGGAGUCAGGAUACCAUGGACAGUGAUGUUGCCAGGACGCAGCCGGUGACGGCGCGCACGCUGGAGACGCUGAUCCGGCUGGCCACGGCGCGCGCCAAGUGCCGGCUCAGCUUCCAGGUCGCGGCCGACGACGCGCACGCCGCCAUCGAGCUGGUGCAGUAUGCUUACUUUAAGAAGGUGCUGACGAAAGAGAAGCGUCGCAAGCGGCGCGCGUCCGGAGACGAAGAGGAGCUCGCCGAGCCCGGCGCCAAGCGCUCGAGGCGCACGACCGGCGCCGACGAGGAAGACCCGUACGCGCUGUCGUCGGACGAGGAGGCGGCGCCCGUGCUGCGCGCCGCGCGCGACGCCCGGCCCGAGCCCCCGCGCGCGCCCCCGCCCCCGCGCCCGCACGGACACGCCUCCCUCGACGCCGCCAGACUGGCGCAGUUCAAGACGGCGCUGCACGAGCUGUUCCGCUCGGAGCGCGCCAACUCGCUGCCGCUGGCGCGCAUCGCCGCCUUCGUCAACGACAAGUUCGCGCACGCGCAGUUCGCCCCCGCCGAGGUCACGGCCGCGCUCGACAAGAUGACGGCCGACAACCACGUCAUGGUCGCCGACGACAUCAUCUUCCUCAUCUAACUGCAGCCCACGGGUCUCGUAUACCUAAAUCCGAGAUUGUGCCGAUGACAUCUUAGUUUUUAGUUAGAUCGUUCUGUCGGCGUGGCUAAGUGAGAAUACAUUUUAUUUUGUAUGUAUACCUAAAAACCUAAACCGACUCGGUUUUAUUGCUUUUGCGUUUAAUAUCAGUAAAUAAGAUCAACUAAAGUUAUCCCGCCUCGUUUAAGUGAUCUGUUUUUGCUUUCAAUGAAAUAUCGGAUUUCAAUAUUACACAAGUUGUUUUUGUUUUAUUUGAACAUCUAGAAAUUUGAUUCAUAAUUUCAUUUCAAAAUUAUGUAUUGAUUCUAUCGAGUUAACAACUAUCCCGCCUCGAUUAAGUGAUCUUUUUUGCUUUUAAUGAAAUGUCAGAUUCCAAUAUUGAACAAUUUGUUCUUGAAUGAAUGAUCUAGAAAUUUGAUUCACACAAAGUUCUGAAUAGGCGGGUCCACACAGAGCGAGCAGCGUCGCGAGGAAAUUCUCUCGCGCGGCAAACGGCUCAUGUAGACGUGCCUCGGCUAUUUGCCGCGCGAGGAAAUUUCGUCGCGACGCUGCUCGCUGUGUGGACCCGCCUAAUAACUAAUAUGAAAAUCAUGUGUUGAUUCUAUCAAGUUAACAACAGUGCCUUAAAAUAAGUACAAAUCUCAUCACAAUGGUUUGAUUGGUGAGUCCCACCUGUAAAGUACAGCAUUUUGAGAAUGCCGCUUGUAUUCGUUACUGUUACGUGUUAGCUAUUAAGUUUGUGUUUAAGUACUACAUUAAGUGAAAAAUCUGAAUAAACCGAUUUUAUAACAUC